AUGUAUGCGGACAAUGAGAAACGGAAAGAUGUUCUCAAGUCAAAGAUAGGGAAAGCCCCAGCGAAACCCGGANAUUUAAUUUUGAUCAGGUACAGCAUUAAAGGUUUGUCACCUUAUGAAAAGAAGAAAUAUGUUUGGAAAAUGCUUUACAUUUAUAUGCUGGGUUACGAUGUAGAUUUUGGUCACAUGGAAGCUGUUUCUUUAAUAUCUGCACCAAAGUAUCCAGAAAAGCAGGUUGGGUACAUUGUGACGUCAUGCUUGCUCAACGAGAAUCAUGAUUUUCUGAGAUUAGCGAUAAAUACAGUAAGGAAUGACAUUAUUGGUCGCAAUGAAACUUUCCAGUGCCUAGCCUUGACUAUGGUUGGGAAUAUUGGUGGGAGAGAGUUUGCAGAAUCUUUGGCACCUGAUGUUCAAAAACUACUUAUUUCAAGUAGCUGCAGACCGCUUGUGAGAAAAAAAGCUGCACUAUGUCUCUUGCGCUUGUAUAGGAAAAAUCCGGAUGUUGUCAAUGUAGAUGGCUGGGCGGAUCGGAUGGCACAACUUUUGGAUGAACGAGAUCUUGGUGUUUUGACAUCUUCUAUGAGCCUUCUUGUUGCUUUGGUGUCUAAUCACCAUGAAGCCUAUUGGAGUUCUCUUCCAAAGUGUGUUAAAAUAUUGGAGCGGCUUGCUAGGAACCAGGAUAUUCCUCAAGAAUACACUUACUAUGGUAUCCCAUCUCCCUGGCUUCAGGUCAAGACAAUGAGAGCACUUCAGUAUUUUCCCACCAUUGAAGAUCCAAACACCAGAAGAUCAUUGUUCGAGGUGUUACAACGGAUAUUGAUGGGAACUGAUGUUGUAAAAAAUGUUAAUAAGAACAAUGCAUCACAUGCCGUUCUCUUUGAAGCCCUUGCUCUUGUCAUGCAUCUUGAUGCUGAGAAGGAGAUGAUGUCUCAAUGUGUUGCUCUACUUGGAAAAUUUAUUGCAGUGCGUGAACCAAAUAUUCGAUAUCUUGGCUUGGAAAAUAUGACUCGGAUGUUAAUGGUAACAGAUGUGCAAGAUAUCAUCAAAAGACAUCAGGCUCAGAUCAUCACCUCGUUGAAGGACCCCGACAUCAGUAUUCGUAGACGUGCCCUUGAUCUGCUAUAUGGAAUGUGUGAUGUUUCAAAUGCAAAGGACAUUGUUGAAGAAUUGUUGCAGUAUCUCAGCUCUGCUGACUUUGCAAUGCGUGAAGAACUUUCCCUUAAAGCUGCUAUUCUUGCAGAAAAAUUUGCUCCUGAUCUUUCAUGGUACGUGGAUGUGAUCCUUCAGCUCAUUGACAAGGCUGGGGAUUUUGUUAGCGAUGACAUAUGGUUUCGUGUUGUGCAGUUUGUUACAAAUAAUGAAGACCUUCAGCCUUAUGCAGCUGCAAAAGCCAGAGAGUAUCUUGACAAGCCUGCCAUACAUGAGACAAUGGUCAAGGUGUGA